GGAAGUGGGUCGUCUCGCUGUUGAUCACGUAAUGCCGCGGCGCUUGAGGCGAUUCAGCUGGCUGGUGCGUAAGCGGCGAGCGACACCUGGUGCGGCCCGCUCGGUUCCCACUGCGCCCGCGACCCCGGCUUCGACGCCAGCUGCGGCCCGGCCGCCGCCUAAACAUGGACUCCGCCGGCCAAGAUAUCAACCUGAAUUCUCCUAAUAAAGGUCUGCUCUCCGACUCCAUGACGGAUGUUCCUGUCGACACAGCGGUGGCCGCCCAGGCUCCUGCUGUGGAGGGUCUGACAGAUGCCGAGGCGGAGGAGCUCAGGGCUGAGCUUGCAAAGGUGGAGGAGGAAGUUGUCACUCUGCGCCAGGUGCUGGCAGCCAAGGAGAGGCACUGUGGAGAGCUGAAGAGGAGGCUGGGCCUUUCUACCUUGGAGGGCCUGAAGCAGAACCUGUCCAGGGGUUGGCAUGAUGUACAGGUGUCUAACGCCUACGUGAAAACUUCUGAGAAACUUGGAGAGUGGAAUGAGAAAGUGACCCAGUCGGACCUAAUCACUGACCUUCUGGAAACUGAGAUAAACUCAAAUGUCUUAGCGAUUUCAAGAUAUUUCCAGACUCUUGCUGGGAAGCGACGUGUUUUGAGGCCCGGGCCCUGCUGUGCUCUACAAGAAGACCCAGGAAACCCUCUCUCAGGCAGGACAGAAGACCUCAGCAGCCCUGUCCACCAUGGGCUCUGCCAUCAGCCGGAAGCUUGGGGACAUGAGGAAUUCUGCCACCUUCAAGUCAUUUGAGGACCGAGUUGGGACCAUAAAGUCUAAGGUUGUCAGUGGCAGAGAGAAUGGCAGUGACAACCUUCCCUCCCCGACCGGGAGUGGAGACAGACCCCUGCCCGAUCACACGCCCUUCUAAGCCCGUAGCGGCUUUGCCCAGCCACGGAACAAGCACACCGUCAUCGCCACAACUGCAACUUCGAGCGGCGGGUGUUGAGAACAAUCACGCCAUCCCCGUGGAGACGUGGCUGCCGCGCUCGCAUGGGUCAGAGAACAUGUCUUGUACACAGAUGCCUCCCCUUCUGUCGGCAGAUCAGCAAAUCACUGCGCCGUCCUGCCUUGGAGCAGGAAGCGGGCAGGGUGGUGGGUCCCAGGGUGGGAGCCGAAGCCAAGCUCCUGUUGGGAGUCUUGUUAGUAGAUCAGCAUGUUGAAAGCGGGGUGGGGGGGGGGGGAGAGCGAUAAGUAUAAAAACUCCUUCCCUGAGUCGCAGAAGGAAGAGCCAGCCCUGCCUGAUCUGCAGUUUUAUUUCAAAAUGCCAAACAGGAAAACUCCCCAUUUUCUGAGAGCUUCCAGAAGGCUGAGUAGCAGCAGAUGCCUAACCAUUACACUAAUGAUCUAGCUUUAAGAAAAGCAAAUUCUUUAUGUUUUAAAAGCAGUGGGUUUUUCAGAAAGUAAAACUACGCAAAGCAGCUUUAGCCUCACAGUUAGAAAGUGUUAUUCCUUUGGACUCAAGCUGAAGUGCACGCCUUAUACUGCCUUAUGUUUUAUUUGUUUCUAAUGUUUUUAUAUAUAUAAACGAGGGUUCCUUAGUGGAUUUUGAGCGCUGUGUAAAAUCCUGCAUCCAGCCGAGGGGCAGCACCUCUGUGUCAGUGGUGUGUUUUAUUUCACGAGUGCGUUCCAUCCCCGUAUAGAAAACUGGCUUCUCGCUCCUCUCAGUGACCGGGGCAGCUCCCACUGGCUGGUGGGGGUGGGAGAAAGAAAGACCAGCACCUUCACAGAGGGCUGGCGCUGCCCCUGUACAGGCUGGGCCUGGCUGGCACGUCACCGAUCAGCGGCUCCAACCUGGGUGUGUGGCACACGCCAGGGCCAGCGAGCAACAGGCAGACCCCGCAGGUAGGUCAGGGCCAGGGCGUCGGGUCAGCUGGGACUCUGCUGUUGCCUUUUCUCAGGAGCUACAAAGAUCUCUUUCUGCUCCGAUGCUGCCACAGCCCAGCAGCCUCUCACCCAGGGCUCCAUGUCUGGCGCACCUGGAGGGGCGCUCUGUGCCUUACAGGCUCUUAGCGGGCAGAGACCUCGCCGGCAUCUGUGCACUCUUGAAGGGAAGGAGCCGUCAGCUCAGUGUCUUCUCUGGUCGACUGUGAUGUGCUGUCUGGUACCUGAGUGUCUGCUGGUCACUUCAGACACACUGGGGGGUGGGGGGUGGCUGCAGUCCACACUCGUGCCUUGGGAGGAACGCUGCUCUGUGCUCCUUCCCCAGGGUUGGACUCUCUCAGAUGGGGUGUGAUGGGAAGGCAGGAUGCAGGUGUAAUAACUGAUUUAUCUUUUCCUUAAAGUAGAUAACGGGUGAUUUGUCAAUAAAGCAUUCCUUUGGGGGAGAACCCACUUAA